AUGUCGACCACCGUCCAUCGCCAAGGAUGCACCACCACGGUGAAGAGGAGGCAGGAGUGUCGUCUCCUCCUCGCCCUCCUCCUGACGUGCUGCGGUCUUGCUGCGGCGGCGGCGGGACGCCGCUCAGACGCGGACGCCGUCGCUGACCUCGCUCGGUCCCUGGCGAGGCCACCGUCUACCUGGACCACAGCCGGCGGCGACCCCUGCUCCUUCGAGGGCAUCUCUUGCUCCUCCUCUGGCCGCGUCAUCGCCAUCGACCUCGCGGGGAUGGGCCUGUCUGGGACCCUGCACCCCUCCCUCUCCUCGCUCACCGCGCUCGAGUCGCUCCAGCUCGGGGGCAACGCCCUCUCCGGCGCCGUCCCGCCGCUGCGAGCCCCCUCCCUCACCAGCCUCUCCCUCGACGGCAACGCCUUCACGUCCCUCCCGAAGGACUUCCCGCUGGGAAUGCCCGCGCUGAGGCACCUCAUCAUGGACAACCUCCCCCUGGCGCCGUGGCCCUUCCCCCACGCCAUCGCCGGCUGCCCCUCCCUCCGCACCUUCUCCGCCUCCAACGCCUCCGUGGCCGGCCCGUUCCAGGCGGCGGCGGCCAUUGUCAUCGCAAACCUCACGUCCAUCAGGACACUGAGGCUGUCGCGGAACGCGCUCACCGGAGUGGUGCCGGCGGCUCUGGGCAAGAUCGCCAGCCUGAGGGAGAUCUCCCUGUCCAACAACUUCCUCCAAGGGCCGGUGCCACAGUUUGCUGCCGGAGUGGCCGCCGACGUGGUCGACGGUAACUGUUUCUGCUUGGACGAGCCCGGGGCGUGCAACGCGCAGGUGAGCACUCUGCUCCAGGCGGCCGAGGGCUUUGGCUACCCCUUCUACCUAGCAAGGGCAUGGAGGGGGAACGACCCUUGCAGUGGCGACUGGCUUGGCACGGUAUGCGACAUCUCAGGUAGUGUAACCAUGAUCUACCUGCAACACGCUGAGUUAUCAGGUACAAUAUCGCCGGCCAUAGCGGACCUGAUAGACCUUGAAAGACUUGUGCUAGCCGGCAACAAUCUCACCGGGGAGAUACCGGAGUCUCUCACGAAAUUGACGAAGCUUGAGCUUCUUGAUGUCACAAACAAUAGCCUCACGGGCCAACUGCCGAAGUUUAAGCCAUCUGUUUUUGUGUUGGCAGAUGGAAACGCGUUUAUUGGGGAAUAG